CAAAAGCCCAAAUGCACUUACCUAAACGACUGCGUAGAGACUCUCUCAUCUGAUUGAAGAUGAUAAACCUCAAGGAAUUGGUGUUAAACCCAUAAGAAGUUACAGAAGAAACAAUGGCCAUGGCUGCCACCACCACCACAACCAAUUUAGCUUCAAUCUUCUUAAAUACAACUACUUCUUCACUCUCACUUUUGUGGGUUUCGGCCCGAUGCAGGACUUCUUCCCUGACCACUUCCAGGCUCGUGAAUGUGUUAGCCACCUCCCAUAUCGACACCGGAAAACGGUACCAACACUCCUGGAAUUCACCUCGCAAUAGAACCCUGAUUAGAAGCUUUAGCUCUGAAUCCGCCGCUUCUUCAGAUGUUGAAUGGAAUCCAUACGCCGUUUCCUCUCACGGCAGCGCCCCUCAAUAUGGUCGCCUGCUUCCAUGCCCCUCUCAGAAUGGCGCACCAAGAGUGGAACAUUUAGUAGUUAAGGAAGGAGGGCCUGUGCUUCAGUUUAUCAGUAAAUCGUUAGAUCUUCCCCCACCGUAAGUUCUCUUCAUUUGCUGGACAGAACCCUGUUAUUUUAAUAGCUGCAUUGUCUGUUUAGUGAUUUAUGUUUCAUCUUGGAAGGUUUGUUUCAGAUCUUAUUCAUUUCGGGGCGGUUUAUUAUGCUCUGGUAUGUCCAAAGCCUCCUCCUACUGCUACACCAGAGCAAAUAAAAACAUAUGAAGAAUAUACAGCUCCAUCAGUUCUCAAAAAGAGAGCUUCCAUCAAAGGGAAAACCUUUAGAGAAGCGCAGAAAACUUUUAGGAUAACAUCUGUUGAUGAAUUUGUUGAACCAGGCACCUAUUUACGUGUUCAUGUGCACCCAAAACGCUUUCCAAGGUGUUAUGAAAUAGAUUGGCAAUCACGAAUUAUUGCUGUUACUGAAUCAUACGUGGUUCUGGACAAGCCAGCUGGUACUUCAGUCGGAGGAACAACAGACAAUAUUGAAGAAUCUUGUGCAACAUUUGCUACUCGUGCACUAGGAUUAGCUACUCCUUUGAUGACUACUCAUCAGAUUGAUAACUGCACUGAGGGCUGCGUUGUUCUAGCUAGAACGAAGGAGUAUUGCUCGGUUUUUCAUAAGAAAAUUAGGGAGAAAAAGGUGAAAAAGCUUUAUCUUGCUCUUGCUGCUGCUCCUGUGCCAAUUGGAAUAAUUACCCACUACAUGCGGCCAAUUAACAUGGCUCCAAGGCUUGUUUCGGAAGAUUUUGUUGAGGGAUGGCAUCUGUGUCAACUUGAGGUCUUAGAGUGCAAGAAAGUAGCCUGGCCUACUACUGAAGCAGAAAGCGAAUACGGGAUUGAGAAUUGCGGGUGGCCGCAUCAAGAAUUUGCAUAUGAAUGUAGGAUCAGCCUUCUGACAGGUCGAACUCAUCAGAUCCGAGCGCAGUUAGCUUCUUGUGGUUCUCCAAUUGUGGGUGACUCGAUGUACAUGCCUGCUGCUGCUGCUGAGAUGGCAAAUUCAGGGAUCAAUCCAUUACGAAAGAACAACAAACAUUUCACGAGUGGUUCUGAUAAAGUAGGGGCGAUCGAAGAGUGGAUAAAGCAGCACGGGAGAGAACCUGCAGUUGCAAUUGGUCUCCAGGCAUGUCAAAUUUCGUGGGAUGAUGGAGACCACUGUUAUGAAGCUGGAUCGCCUUGGUGGAGGUAG